AUUUAUAGCAGGUGGGCUGGAUAAGGACGACACCUGAAUAUUUAUAUAACUACAGAUCUCCGAGAGUGCUAUCUCCGAUUUUAAAAAGGUAUGGAAAACCACGAGUCAAGGUGUGCUGUUUUUAAAUUCCAGUCAGAGAAUACUGACUCCGACACAGCUGAUAUUGGAUAUACCUUGCGUCAGGAAAUGACUGCCAUCAACAUACUACCUAUGUGCAUAAUAACUCCAUAUGAAGAUAGUCCUUUGAAGGCAUUUGUCGCUUUUAAAUCUGGAACAGAUAAAGAAAAGGCAUGCAAGAAUGGUCAUAUUAAACUGUUUUCCUUCGAGGAUAUACAGCCAGGAAUUCUUAUAGCCGGUUCGUAUCGUAUAAACAUCAAACCAUAUAAUCUGUGGAGAACAACUACUACAGAAAAAUUGAAGGAGGAUUUAGAGGCCUCUUCUGGAGUAAAUGUCACGAUAAAUGAGAUGGCUGAAGUAUACAUAUCAGGUUGUAAACAACAGAUUAAUUUAGCCGAAUCCAUGUUGGAGAAACGUUACAAUAAUCCUAAUCCCCACCAAACUGGUGGUCAAUCUGAUGGUGAAGAAUGCAGCAUUUGUUUAGAAAUUAUAUCAAACAGAAAGACGUUGCCAUGUGGCCAUUCUUUCUGUCAGUUAUGUAUUGAUUUGGCAAUGAAGACCAGCAUAUGUUGUCCUAAUUGCCGAAAAAAUGUUCAUGGUAGGAUACAGACCCAGAAGCAACAAGUUUUACAUAUGACAGUUCAGACAACUAAAGAUUGUCAUGUUACUGGACAGGGUAAUCCUAUUAACCAGAAACAGGGAGAAGAUAAUACCACUUUUCCGCCACAGUGCUCUACUAGUACAAAACGUGUAACGCCAGUAAAGCAAGAGGUAGAGGCAAGACCAAAGGAACGGUUGCCUACUAAAUCUAUAUCGUUGUCAUCAGGGGAGUACCUCGGAGGAGCAAGACCAAAAGAAGCGACUGCCUCCAGACAAUACAAAAAAUACAACAUAAAGAAAUCUGUGUUUCAAGCUAUAAAUCAAAUCAUUGGUAAAGAAAUAGUUAGGGGAAUGUCUCAUUCAGAACAACGUGAUGGUAGUUUAGAUUUCUAUCUUCCUGAACCUACUACUGAUAAAACUAUUCUUAAGAUAAAAGAUUUAAUAGAAGAUAUCCGUCAUGAAGAAGUAAAAAUACCAGAAUAUAAGUUUGAUGAAGCUUGUGAGUUUAGUUGGAAUCAUGAUUAUAAAGAAUCUGUAUAUGUUGGUGUUGAUGAUGAUACAAGUACUGUACAUAUACUGGGAGUAAAUUUUCAUGAAGUUGAAGAAAUCGUCUACAAAUUUAAAAUAGCUGUAGGUUUAGUCACGAUAACUAAUAAAAAACAACAAAGAACAAGAGAUGAUAGUUUUAGUAGUCUUCCACAACAGACAGAACUUCAAGAACAGACUUACAAUACACCUAGUAAAAAUAUAAAGGUCAUUGUUAAGAAGUCAGAUAUUACUAAACUGAAUGUAGAUGUUAUUGUUAAUGGUGCUUAUGGUUAUACGAGUCAUGGUGGAGGUGUAGCUUAUUUUAUAUCUAAGGCUGGUCGAUAUAGACAAAUUCCUGUAACUGGUAUUUGUAAAACAACUGGAGGUAAUAUGAGAUGUAAAAAAGUUUAUCAUGCUGUAGGACCAAGAUGGGAUGAUUAUCGUGGUAAUAAGAAGGAUUGUGAAGAUGAUUUAUGUAAAACCAUUAUAAGAUGUCUGGUAGAAGCUGAUAAAGAUGGUUAUAAGUCAAUAGCUAUUCCUUCAAUAUCAUCAGCCAUAUUUGGAGUACCAAAACCAAUCUGUAUUGAGAUGUAUGUAAGAGCUGUCCAUAGUUUUGAUAACCUGCACAAUGUCAUCAAUCUCAGAGAAAUCUACUUUGUCGAUGUUCAAAAGGAUAUGGUUUUAUCUAUUCAAGGUGGUUUCGAAAUGUUUUUGAAAAAUCCAUUGGAUGAUUUACAAAAACAAACCCUUGGACGAAUGAUAGAGGAUAUAUCAGUUGGAACAAGGUAUGGGGACAUAAAUUCAGCAACAUCGUCUCAGAGUAAGCCAGACAGGUCAGAUGUUGCCCAAUCACAAGAAUCACAAGUGAAAAUGGUAAUAAAAGAACAGGAAUCUAAAACAUAUAUGAUAUGUUAUUUAAACCCUGAUUUUAGUAUACAUAUGUACCAAGCAGAUGCAGUCACAUCUUCUAAGACUGAUGCUAUUACAACUUGGGAAGAUACACAACUCAGCAACUUUAAUGCCAAUACCAAAAUUCUCAUUAAAGGAGCUGGUCAAAGUUAUGAAGAUGAAAGAACAGAGAUAAAAACUAAGAACAAAAAUAUGUUUAAAGCUGGAUCUGUUAUUACUACAUCAGCUGGUUCAUUACCAUUUAAAUAUAUCUUCCAUCUUGUUUCUUCAAUUAAACCAAAAGAAGAAGAAUUAGAGAGUUUAAUCUGUAAUCUUUUUGCAGAGACCAGAAAGACUUCAGUUAAUUCAGUUACAACAGUUAAUGGAAAUGUAGAUACUUCUGUGCUGUUAGAUGUUUUGUUGAAACAACUACAAGAAAAUAUUAAAUUGAAAAUACCAUCCACCUUGAAGGAAAUACAUUUGGUUGUGAAAUCAGAGGAGAAUAUGACAGAGUUAAGUAAAUUGCACCAAAAUCUGAUUCAUCAAGAAGAUGAUGAAGUCGGAAAAGAUGAAGAAUGUAGUAUUUGUAUGGAAGUUAUAUCAGAAAGGAAGAAUUUACCAUGUGGUCAUUCUUUCUGUGGACCGUGUAUUGAUCAAGCAAUAAAGAGUAGCAUAUUCUGUCCUAUUUGUAGAAAAAAUGUUUAUGGUGGUAUACAGACAGGCACCCAACCAGAAGGACACAUGAAAGUUACAACAAAUAAAUAUAGUCAUCUUCCUGGGUAUGAGAAAUAUGGUACUAUAGAAAUCAACUACAUAUUCAGAGAUGGCAUCCAGUCGGAGAAACACCCAAACCCUGGUAAACCAUUUAAAGGUACAACAAGAACAGCUUAUUUACCUGAUAAUAGAGAUGGUCAAGAAGUCUUAUCUUUAUUGAAAACAGGCUGGGAUAGAAGAUUGAUUUUUACUGUGGGUAAAUCUGUUACAACUGGACAAAAUGAUGUUGUAACCUGGAAUGAUAUACCCAUUAAAACAAGAAAACAUGGUGGACCAGACAGUUAUGGCUACCCUGAUCAUGGUUAUUUGAAUCGUGUUAAAGAAGAACUAAUGGCACACGGUGUAACAUCAGAAAAACCAAGAUAAUACAAUUGCUAUGGAAACAAAAAAAAAGGAGGGAAAAAGAUUUUUUGCUAUUUAUAAUUGUUUUUUACAAAUUUAAUUUUGGUUUUACACACCGAUAUUUUCUGCUUCACCUAUAUUGUUUGCUUUUAUAUAGUAAUCACUCCAGUCUAUCGAUCUGUCUAAUAUUUCUUUUCGGUACCAUAUAGACUCCAUUCUAUCAAUCUGUCUAAAAUUCCUUUUCGGUACCAUAUAGACUGAUUUUCUCAUCAAAUCAAUUUCAAAUUUAUAUUGAUUGUUAGAUUAUAUUAAGGUGUGGGCACUCACAUAUUUUAUUUUACAUUAAAAAGAUUACUCUGUAGAUUAAGCCAAUAUUGUGAUGACAGACAUUCUGUUCACCAAUGCCAAGUUUAUGUGGAAAAUUAAAAAACUGACUUUUUGCCUUGUACACAGACCCAAAGGGCUUACAUCUCUUCUGAACCACUGAUGCGUGCGAGGUAGGGACUUAAAUUUGAACAAAUUAAUACUAUUCUUACACUAGUUUAAAAAAAAAAACUCUAUAGUUUCAAGAUGUUUUCAGGUAAAUUAUUUACAGUAGUCGGUAUUGAAGUCAAAUAUAGAGACCAAUGUAGUAAAUAUUAUAUUAUUAAUUUUGCAGUGCAAAUCAUUGAAAUCAGGUCAAAUAUCUUUGUUUACCGUUACAUGGAAUAGGUCAGGAUUUAAACAAUACAUCAAAGGUGAUUUUCCGUGCUCUCUCCCAUUUAAAUUGUUUUUCCAAUUGACCUCAUCAAUAACAGAACUUUGCAAAUGUUGAGGUGAAACGGUUAAGUAGGUCCGGUUUUUAAACAAAGGUUAUGUGCAACUUUUAAAAAACAGGAAAGUUUGCCUGGUUGAAAUGUUUUUCAUUUCAACAUAGCUACCUUUUGGCGGAUUUUGCUUGGUGGAAAUGGUUCUUGUUUUAACUUGAUUUGUGAGUUUUUGGUCGAUUUUAAUAUAUUAUUCUUUAACUAGAUAUUGUAAUUAAUGUAUAAGUGUGUGAUUUUAUGACAGAGGUAGUAUUAAUUACAUUUUAAAUAUUAUUGAUUUUCUGAUAUAAAAAUAUGCUUACUAAUUUGUAUAGCCAGUUACCUGAUUUAUUUUUAUAAGUCUUAAAAUGUGUGGGAGAGUAACGGCCCAAUGCUUUACUCCACAAAAACAGAACUUUACUAACAGGAAGUCAUAUGAACAGCUUUUAGUGAGUCAGCAAUAAAAGAUGAUGACAACUAAUCUUCAAAUGAAUUUGAAAAGGUCAAAACAAGAUGAAAUGUCGAAUUGUAGACACAAUUUAGAGGCUAAAGUUACAAUUUGAUUGGCAGUAAACUCAUACACAGUGUUUAUAGAUUUAACAAUUUCCAACAAUUACUGUCAGAGUUUUUGCCCUUGAUUAAUUUAAAAUAUCUUGUGGACAUUCUAGAAGCUAAAGUUAUCAUUGUAGUAAUAUGGAUGGCGGGGAUUUGUGCUAAAGAACUCAUAUGUAGAAUAAUAUUAUGGUCUUGAUUAAUUAUUCUCCAUUGUCAAAAUAUUAGCUAUGGUAUAAUUUUAUUUUGAAACGCAAAUUAAAUUGUUUAUGAAAUAUUGUACCAAUAACAGGACAUGGGGGGCUAAAGAUGUUGUAUUCUGGAAUGAUAUUCACCAUAAAACAAGGACACGUGGUGGACCAGACAGGUUCAGUUCUAUUUACUAUUAUGACCAUAACUGGAAAGUUUAAGAUAGAAAUCUCCCAGAUAUACAUAGAUGCUAGCUAUAUUAAACAAUGAUUUGGUUUUCAUUUCGUAUAAGCUUGUGUCCACUUUAUAGAAAUCUGAGCGUAGCAACCCAAAGUUUGAUGAAGAAAACUGGGAGGGAAUUUAACUCACGGUAAUGAAUAAUAAAACAGUGAUUCAUUUUGUUUUAAUAAAAUGAUCUUUUAAAGAGUACCGGUAUAAAAGAAACCACACAAUCGGUUUUAAUCAUCAUUAAAAUUAUUUAUAAAUUGUUUUGUAGUUUUGGCUACCCUGAUCCUGGUUAUUUGAAUCGUGUUAAAGAAGAACUAAUAGCACAUGGUGUAACAUCAGAAAAACCAAGAUAAUACAAUUGCUAUGGAAACAAAAAACGAGGGGCAACUAUUUUGUUUUCUGUAUAUCUGUUAACUUACACAACGAUGUUUUCUGCUUCUCUUGUUUUAGAUCUGGCAGUUAUAAUUUUCUUUUAUUGUAUAUUUUUGUUAUAUUGAAAAAUGUUGGCGUAUUAUGUCGUCAUCCUGUUCGUUAGUCCAACGAUCCGCCCGUCCGUGAACAAUUAGCUUGUAAACGUAAUAGGGGCUAGAGUUUUUAACACAUUAUUUUUUAAAUUUGGUGUGAAGCCUUGUGGUCAUAAGAGAACGAACUCUAUCUAUAUUCAGCUUUCCGCAACCUUAAGUUCUGAGUUACGGCGUAACUUACGCGCCCUUUUUCGAAAACAUUGUGAACAUGAGAAAGGCUACAAUUUUAAUGUAUUUGUUUCAAAUCUAGUGUGAACCAUUGGAUUCAUGAGGGGAUGUACCGUGUCAACAACCCUGUGAACGUGAUACGUGGGACAAUAAGAAGCAUUGUGAUCAUGGGAGGGUGAACCCUCGAUAUUCAGCGUUUCGUGACCUUCCGUUCGGGAAACCUUAUGAAUGCAACAGACCCAUACAGGAUAAGUUUUGUUUUCAAAUGAAAAGAGGAGCCCUUUCCGUUCAUCUAAUUGAAAAUAUCGACUUAUCUUGCAUGGCAAUCGCUUGAUUAAAUUAGAUGUGAUCCGUUUGGCUCAUGAGAGGACAAGACAAACCCUAUCGAUAUUAAGCGUUCCGCGACCCUCCGUUCCCGAGUUAAGUGGCCCUUUUCGAAAAUAUUGUGAACACAAUAGAGGCUACAGUUUUUAACUGUCAAAACGGUAAAUCAUUGGAGUCAUGAGAGGAUGUACCAUGUCAAGAUUUAGUGAUCCGCGAACAUCCAUUCCUGAGUUAAACAAAUCUUAAAAUGUUUGCGGUUGGCCACUGUUAAAAAAUCGUAUAUGAAUUUAUCGUCCGGUCUACUUGACAUUUGUUUAAAUUUUGUUUACCUAUAAAAUAAUCACAACAUGACAAAAUGCAUGGACUGCUUGGAAAACUUGGCUGUAUUGGGUAGAUGUUUUGGUACAUUCUAGUCUCACAAACUCAUGUAAAUGAAAUUAUAGGUACCUUAUGAAACGAGAGAACUCUUUAAAAUUCAGUCUCUGCUGUAAUAACAUUUCUGGUCAUUUACACCAAAAAUGAAAUUGAUCAAAUUCUUUUUUAAAAAAUAAAUCGUUGUCUUAGGAUCAAUAUACAAUUAAAUCGAUUUAGAUGACAAAUAAGUGUAAAUUGAAUGAAAUGUGUUUUUUGAUUAGAUAAGGAACGCCAGUCGAUUAUGUCAAUACUGAGAUGCCAUAUCUGUCAGUAUUAAAUUAGAUUUUGACUCCAUCCAUUGCAGUAUUCUUCUUCUGAACCUUUGUUUUUGUUACUGCCAUCCUAGGACUUUAGGCGAGUUUCCAGGGGCCGCCUAGGCUCUGCUAGGGGUCUAGAUCGUCAGAGACGCAUUCUGACAAAAAAAAUUACCCAGCAAUAAAGUGAAAUUUUAUUUCUUUUCUAAACCCCUUACCAUGUAAACACAGUCGAUGGUGGUUUCCCGCGAUACUGAACUUGAGAAAUAUAUGCAUCAUAAUACCAAGGUUGUGGACAUUCUAAAGGUCACAAUUUUAUACGAUUUUGAUGGAACUGACAAUGUAUGUUUUUAACCGAAAGAUCUAUGUUUCUUUCGAUAUUGGCGUAUAUAGGACCGUCACAUCCUAUAAUAUAUACAUUUUUAGCUUGUGGACCCUCUAGCGCUCCAAGUUUUUAUUUGAUUGUAAAAACCGUUCCAAUAUAUCACCGUUACACCAUAAUUACAGUUGAGGUCAAAUGUGUGCAUUUUGUUGGUCCUCCAGAGGGACUACAAUUGCUGUCCCAUUCUGAUGAAACUUAACAAAUUAUGUUAAGGAUCAAACGAGUUUGAAUGAGAGGAUGCAUCCUAUUGAUUUUACCUCUUCCUCAUACAUUUCUUGCAAACUGUGGGCAUAUCUUGCAUGGCAAUCGCUUAAUAGUUAAAAACUAAAUAAUGUAAAGGGACUUUGCUGAAAAUUUCAGUCAAAUUGCUGCACUCUGAACCGAGAUAUUAGCUUUUGAAUUUUAGGCUAGACUGGAUCAUCAUUACUAAAGCCGGUACGAUAAAAAAAACAACCAAAGUCUCGAUUAUCCAUUUUUAUGUUUAAUUAUUUUUCAAAAAAAUGUAUUCCAAUCCGCUAAAUAUCACAGAAUAGCGAUGACAACGAGAGUUGAUUAUGGUCUGGAUAAGUUAAUUAAUUUCAAAUCAAUAAUUUAGAUAACAUUUCAAGCCUAAAGAAAGAACUGCAAUUGGCAGAUUUAGCUCUUGCAUAAUGUAUGUUUAAUUUAACUGGUCUUAACCGAUAGCAGUGAAUUAUUUGGAUAAGGGACACAAGGAAAGAGAGUGAGAAAAACUCUAUGGGCCUGAAAUAAAGAUCGACUGUUCAGUUAACUAAUCGUGACCCUCGCAACUGGGGUCUCUUAACCCAUGGAUCAGUAUAGAGCAUAACAGGGUUUUCUUCUGAAAGUCUACGUUCUAGAAGUCUCACUUCUAUGUUGAAAACAGGCCUCGCCGUAUCUAACCGCAUGAUUACUGUGUGCAAUAACCUGGAGAAAGGUGUACUUGCGGCCAAAUUAUUGGGGGUGGGGGAGCUAAAGUCCCCCUAGUCCGCCAAGCUUGAAUUGUCCUAGUCUCGGACAUUGUUCUUAAUAAUUGGAGUCCGCUCAGUUCUUUUGACAAGGAUGAAAGAUCAAGCCUUUGCCAUAGAAAUUUAUUAGGUAUAAAUGUACCCAGUGCUCAAGGGGGUAAAGACGAAUGAUCUAUACCAAAACCGUUACCAUAUUCGUAUUAUGAAAGUAUAUAACCGACCUAAUUAUCUCAAAAUUCUUAUGUCCAAGCCAAAUAGACUCCCCCCACCCGCAAUGAGUCUAUCUAUUUCCAUAGCAAGUAAACCAGUAUACUGUGCAGAAAAGUAUAGUUUUAGACCUACAUGUAUACAGCUUAAUGUUAAAUAAGUAUCAAAUUACUGUGUGGCGACCGGGUAAUCUCGAUGAUCUUACAUACAUGUACAUACAUCUUAGUUGUUUUCUACAUUAAUUUCUGCAUGUCUAAAUUUAUAUUUUGUUUGUGAAUCAUUAUUCAUUUAUCUUACAUUUACUGACGACUCAAAGAUUUUAAUAUUAUAUGUUGACAUUAAUAGUCUUAAAAUAGUUAUAGUCCUUCAAUGUGCUAUUCAAAUAUAUAACUGCUUAAUAAAUUAUUUACUUUUUAAACAAUUGUCAAUUUUACCAUAUAAAUAUAUAUAUAAGAUCACUGAGAUAUGAAAGAUUACGUUUAUAUCGAGUAAAAUUGUAUGUUCGAUCAUGUAUUUC